GCGCAGCUUCCAUCGAAAACCGGAAUUGAAGCUGUCACCAAAAGUCUCAACAAGAAACAACACAUUUAUUUGCCAUUGAGUCUCCUUGUCGUCAUACCCUCCGACAAUAAGCCAAAAUGGUGUUCCAGACCCCCAUUCGACGGGCUGUCCCCUCCUACAAGAGCCCCUACGGACCUAAAUACCACUACCAACCGAAUGUCGCCGGUAUCACAUUCAAGCAACUUGCAGGCUUCGGCUUCAAGGCUGGUGCCUUCGGAGGUGUAGCCCUCUUCGCCGUUAUCUUCUACGCAUCCGGUAUCCCCAGAGUACAGAAGGAUAUCCUACAAAAGGUUCCCUUCCUCGGCAACUACUACAUCAAGGAGAUCCCCGCCUCGGACAACCCUUUCUAAGCUGGCCCAUUUUGCUGGUUUCUCUUAGAAGUGGAAUGAACGCAACGCCGACCGAAAAUAGAACUUGCAUGGCGAACUUCUGUACAAAAUAGCAUCCAAAUAGAUCUCAUUGCGCCCUCAGAGCAAUCGUCUUGUU